UCCAGCACCACCAGUGCUACAUAUAAGAUUUUUUUUCUAGUUUUAUCGAUACAAAUUCUUCGCAGAAACGCCAAUAGCUUACCCAAAAUGCGCUACGGACAGCUAGUAAUGGGCCCUGCUGGAAGCGGAAAGUCCACAUAUUGCGCCACAAUGCAACGGUAUGGCUACGACGACAAUCGCCUGAUCAAGGUGGUCAACCUGGACCCGGCAGCCGAAACGUUCGAAUAUCAACCGUUCAUCGAUAUUCGGGACCUCAUCCACUUAGACGAUGCUAUGGAAGACGAGGAGUUGCACUAUGGACCGAACGGUGGGUUGGUGUUUUGCUUUGAAUACUUGUUGGAGAAUUCCGAUUGGUUGAGGAACCAGUUGUAUGGGGUAGGCGAUGACGAUGAAGAGCAAGGAACUGAUGGAGUGGAUGAGCCGGAUGACGAUUACAUUUUGUUCGACAUGCCCGGGCAGAUUGAGCUGUAUACGCACCUGAAGGCGGGCCAGCAGUUGGCCAAAUUGUUGGAAUCGUGGAACUUUCGAUUGUGCUCGGUAUUCCUGGUGGAUUCGCAGUUUAUGAUUGAUGGAGCAAAAUUUCUGUCCGGGACGAUGGCAGCACUCAGCGUGAUGGUCAAUAUGGAAUUGCCUCAUGUGAAUAUACUGAGUAAAAUGGAUCUGCUGAGUAAGACCAGUAAGGGGCAGUUGGAUAAAUAUCUGGAGCCGGAUCCGCAGGCACUGCUCGGAGAAGUCACGGGCGAAUCUUCGUGGGGUCGAAAGUACAGGAAACUUUCGGAGACGAUAGGAAUGCUGAUCGAAGAUUUUAGCUUGGUCCGGUUUACGCCGUUGAACAUCAAUGACGAGGAGAAUAUUGCCGAUUUGUUGAUGAUGAUUGACAAUGCCAUUCAGUACGGUGAGGAAGCCGACGUUAAAACAAAGGAUUUCGAUCCUCCGGAGCCGGACGAUGAUAACGAUGAAGAGCAAUAUCAUGAUUAGGGAAU